CCGCGGCAGCAGCCAGGGGGUUUGUGCACAGAGAGAGGCCGACUUAGGGACCGGCAGACGGACGGACGGACAGAGCGGACCCUCCCCGAGCUCCCGCGCCAUGGCCGAGAGGAAGCAAUCCGGGAAGGCGGCAGAGGACGAAGAAGUCCCUGCCUUUUUUAAAAACCUGGGCUCAGGCAGCCCUAAGCCCCGGCAGAAAUUCUGUGGCAUGUUCUGCCCGGUGGAAGGGUCCUCCGAGAACAAGACCAUCGAUUUCGACUCGUUGUCCGUGGGCCGGGGCUCGGGGCAGGUGGUGGCUCAGCAGCGGGACGUCGCCCACUUGGGCCCGGACCCGCAGCCGCCGUACUCCCGGCAGGGCCGGCGCGCCGGCGGGGAGCCAUCUGUUGAAUCGAGCCGGAAGGUGGAGAUCCGGCGGGCCUCGGGCAAGGAAGCCCUGCAGAACAUCUACGACCAGAGUGAUCGUCUUCUGAUCAAAGGAGGUAAAAUUGUUAAUGAUGACCAGUCGUUCUAUGCAGACAUAUACAUGGAAGAUGGGUUGAUCAAGCAAAUAGGGGAAAACCUGAUUGUGCCAGGAGGGGUGAAGACCAUCGAAGCCCAUUCUAGGAUGGUGAUCCCCGGAGGGAUUGAUGUCCAUACCCGCUUCCAGAUGCCUGACCAAGGAAUGACCUCUGCUGAUGACUUCUUUCAAGGCACCAAGGCCGCCCUGGCUGGGGGAACCACCAUGAUCAUUGACCAUGUCGUGCCUGAGCCCGGGACGAGCCUGCUGGCAGCCUUCGACCAGUGGAGGGAGUGGGCUGACAGCAAGUCCUGCUGUGACUACUCUCUGCACGUGGACAUCACGGAGUGGCAUAAGGGCAUCCAGGAGGAGAUAGAGGCCCUGGUGAAGGACCACGGGGUCAAUUCCUUCCUGGUGUACAUGGCUUUCAAAGAUCGCUUCCAGCUAACUGAUUCCCAGAUCUAUGAAGUAUUGAGCGUGAUCCGGGAUAUCGGUGCGAUUGCCCAAGUCCACGCAGAAAACGGCGACAUCAUUGCAGAGGAGCAGCAGAGGAUCCUGGAUCUGGGCAUCACGGGCCCCGAGGGACACGUGCUGAGCCGGCCUGAGGAGGUCGAGGCCGAAGCCGUGAAUCGCUCGAUUACCAUCGCCAACCAGACCAACUGCCCUCUGUACGUCACCAAGGUGAUGAGCAAGAGCGCGGCCGAAGUCAUCGCCCAGGCCCGGAAAAAGGGAACCGUGGUGUAUGGUGAGCCCAUCACCGCCAGCUUGGGGACUGAUGGCUCCCACUACUGGAGCAAGAACUGGGCCAAGGCCGCCGCUUUUGUCACCUCCCCACCCCUGAGCCCUGACCCGACCACUCCGGACUUCCUGAACUCCUUGCUGUCCUGCGGAGAUCUUCAGGUCACUGGCAGUGCCCACUGCACAUUCAACACUGCCCAGAAGGCUGUGGGGAAGGACAACUUCACCCUGAUCCCCGAAGGCACCAAUGGCACUGAGGAGCGGAUGUCCGUCAUCUGGGAUAAGGCUGUGGUCACGGGGAAGAUGGACGAGAACCAGUUUGUGGCCGUGACCAGCACCAAUGCAGCCAAAGUCUUCAACCUGUACCCCCGGAAAGGCCGCAUUGCUGUGGGAUCCGAUGCUGACCUGGUCAUCUGGGACCCCGACAGCGUUAAAACCAUCUCUGCCAAGACCCACAACAGUUCUCUUGAGUACAACAUCUUUGAAGGCAUGGAGUGCCGUGGCUCUCCACUGGUGGUCAUCAGCCAGGGGAAGAUCGUCCUGGAGGAUGGCACCCUUCAUGUCACCGAAGGCUCUGGGCGCUACAUCCCCCGGAAGCCCUUCCCUGAUUUUGUUUACAAGCGUAUCAAGGCGAGGAGCAGACUGGCAGAACUGAGAGGGGUUCCCCGCGGCCUGUACGACGGACCCGUGUGCGAGGUGUCCGUGACGCCCAAGACAGUCACCCCAGCCUCCUCGGCCAAGACGUCUCCUGCCAAGCAGCAGGCCCCUCCUGUCCGGAACCUGCACCAGUCUGGAUUCAGCUUGUCUGGUGCUCAGAUUGACGACAACAUUCCCCGCCGCACCACCCAGCGCAUUGUGGCUCCCCCUGGUGGCCGUGCCAACAUCACCAGCCUGGGCUAGAGGUCCGGCCGCAACUUCCUUGGGGAUGGGGAUGGGACACCUGAGGACAUUCUGAGACUUCUUCCUUCCUUUUUUUUUUUUUUUUUUUUUUUUAAGAGCCUGUGAUAGUUACUGUGGGGCAGCCAGUUCAUGGGGCUCCCUCUCGGGCCCUGCACUCCGUCCCUCACCCGGAGUCACUGAUUUUGCUCACCCACUUCCCCGUACAUCUACGAAUAUCACACCCAAGUCUGCCCACCAACCCCAUACACGGAACCGCACCCAACACUCAGACAUGUGACACAAAGCGAAUCACAACGAGGGCGUUUUUCAUCUCCAAGCUCUGUUGUACUUGUUCUCAUCUUCCUUUUCGUUGGGGGGGGGGGGGGAGGGAAGAUAAAGUGAAUUGCCCAGAGCUGCCUUUUUUUCUUUUUAAAUUUUUAAAGUUUUCUUUGUGGGGCUGGGGGAGAGGGUGGGUGGGGGAGGGGGGAGAGCAUUGUUGUCUUUUUUUUUUUUAAAUACUAAAUUGGGGAGCCUAAUUCAAUAUUAAUACAAGGGGUUUGAACUGGACAUCCUAAUGAUGCAAUUAUGUAACCAUCGAGCUCUUCAGGGUGGUUGGCAAACUCUGCAUAUCCCCCCUGAGAGGCUCCAAAAUGUCGACAUUGCAUUCCAUAGUCUUCUGGGUCAACUGUUGAAAAAGGCAGGUUUUCUUUUUGGCCUAGCUUUUGCUGCAGAUUACAUUUUUUUGAGGAUUUUCUUCUUCCUUAGCGUCUUUUCUGCUCUCUUUCCCUCUCUGUCUCUCUCUCGUGCUCCCCCUCUGUAGCUUUUUUGCUCAUGACUAUUUUUACGUCUCUUUCUUUAUGUUUCCUCCAGCCCUUGUCUCUGAGACCAUGUUUUUCUCUCCAUCCCCCGUCGUCUUUUCAAAUGACCAGAUCUACUGUUUUGCGGUGGUCAUCAGAACCUGCCUAGAAGGGUUUUGUCAUUGCAGCCAUAGUAAUAUGCUGUCCUAGUCCAUAAACGACUGGUGCUACCCACCCGCCACCGCCAGGAUAUGCGUUUGAGUUCGGGAUGCUUCUAGGUGCAGCGAAGGGCUGAGCUACCCCACAUUCUCCCCUGGGGGCUCAGAAUAGAACCUCAAACAGUAAUGAGAGGUUGAAGAAACAUGAGGCUUUAGGACGUAAGUUUUUCCUCCAUGCCAUGCUAACUAGCUAAAGAAAGAAAGACAUGGCCAAAUCUGUAAAUCAAGCCCCAUGACCCAAGUGAGCAGAUUACCCCCAAGCCAGCCACCGGCUCAGACGUGUUGAGCUGCUGAGGGUCUGACCCUGGGACCUGCUGGUUCCCAGCGAAGUAUCUUUGGGGAUUCCAGAGAACACUGGGGCUUCUCGCUCUGGGGCAAAAAAUAUUAUUUUUUCCUGUUCAGUUCUUCUGGAAGAUACCAUGCAAUACAGUAGUCCCCCCGCUUCUACACAGGGGAUACAUUCCAAGACCCCCAGUGGAUACCUGAAAUCGCGAAUAGUACUGAGCUUUAUAUAUAUAUUGUUUUUCCCCCCCAUACAUGCUUGUGAGAAAGUUUAAUUUAUAAAUUAGGCACAGUAAGAGGUUAACAACAAUAACUAAUAAUAGAAUCAUUGUAACACUAUACUCUAAUAAAAGUUAUGUGACUGUGGUCUCUGUUUCGGAAAAUACCUUAUUACACUGUACUCACCCUUCUUGUGAUGAUGUGAGGAGAUGAAGGGACGUGAAGGACGUAGGCAGUGUGACGGAGCGUCAGGCUGCUACUGAGCUUUGGACGGGACAUCAGAGGGAGGAUCACCUGCUUCUGGCCUUCGGUUGAGCCCGAAUUCCUGACACCUUGAAAAGCAAGCCCACAGAUAAGGGGGAGCUACUGUACAGGGAAGCCUACUAAACUCGGAUAAUCCUGGGGAGAUUUGACUUCAAGUGCACCUUCCUUUGCAAGGGGAAGAAUCUGUUGAAUGAGAGGCUAGCAUCCCCGUCAGAGCCCUUGUGGGGAGAAAACCUUACAAGCCCCUCCCCGCCCCUGCAGCGUGCGCAGGUGACCUCGUGUCCGCGUCCCUGCCUUUUCUCAGCGACCCUUCCUUCAAGCUGCCUUCGUGCCCAUCCCUGUCUUUGCUGUUUUGUGUUGCGUUUCCUUCCCGAUCGCGUUUACAGGUUCUCUUAAGCGACACUCAACGUUUGCAGGCUUUGAUCAAACCAAAUCUGCUUUUGUAAAGCAUAACACAAAAAAGGUCGGUCGUUCCCUCAUUACGCGGGUGUCCCCACACGUUUUGCCUUGGGGGGUUCUGCUGGGGGGGUAUAGUUUCUCGUCGUCGUCGUUGUUUAUUUGUUAUUUUAAAAGGAAACUGCACUUUGAAAGAAUAAUUGGUUAACUUAAUAUAUUUGCUUUUUUUUUUUUAAUCUCACCUGCACUUAGAGGAAAUUUGAACAAGUCGGAUUUUUUUUUUUUUUUUUUUUUUUUGGUUUCCAUUCUAAGAAACACUUGCAGCUCUUAUAGUAUUCACUUGGGUCUUCCUGUUCUUCCUGUACCAGGUCAUGGCGAUUUUGGUUAUUUUGAUUGUUUUCUCGAAGCCGCUUAAAACCUGAAGAUGUCUGCAGGCUGUGGAAGCAUGUUUAUCUGUUGGCUUGCUUUGUGUGUCUGUUAAAUGAAUGUCAUAUGUAAAUGCGAAAAUAAAUGGACAGUGUCUCCGAACUGAAUAACUGCAGUGACUUGAUGCUCUAAAACAGUGUAGGACUUAAUACAUAGAUGGUUUUUAAUCCUUGAAAUUGUGAUUGUGACCCAUGAGUGGAGGAACUUUCAGUGCUGAAGCCGAUAAUGUGUGUAGCCAGGAGAGUACCUUUUUUUUUUUUUUUUUUUUUUGUAACCACUGUCUUAAUGGCAAAAUAAUUAUGGUUAAAAAAAAAAGUCUCGUGUUUAUUAUUCCUUAAGAACUCUGUGUUAUAUUACCAUGGAACGCCUAAUAAAGCAAAAUGUGGUUGUUUCA